UAAGCCCCUCAUUCGAACUCCCAAGGAUAAGGGAGAAGAAGAGAGCCACACAACCAAGAAAGCAAGAGAAAGGGGAAGCUGCCGCAGGUUCGUUCUCCAGUGCGUAAGGUUACUUGUUUGCUUCAUAUCUCGAGUUAUACACAUCCAAAUAAGGCGUGCGAGAUACCCACAGAAAGCUCUCAAGACGAGGAAUCCGUGAAGGUCUGGUUUGCAUCAAUCGGAGUAGUGGAAGGUUUCCAAAUCGUCCGAGCAAAACACAACCUCGCGGAAUACGUUUUUGUAUUCAAAGUUAGGGAACGAAUUCAUCGGGAAACACUCGUUCUAGGGACUGUUUUUGUGUCUUCGGUUAGGAGUUGAACUAGCACUUUGAGGGGGCUGUCUAACACUCAAUUCCAAGCAAGGAAUCAGUUCUCAAACUUCCUUGGCCGGGACUUUGGUCAUUGGAUCAAGAAGGAAAGGUUUUAAAGCUCAUUGGAGGUUGAGGCUAGAGCUUGCUUCCUGUGCUCGUUGCUCGAGAGAUCAUAUAGGAGGGAAGACUUGCGAUGGAGGGUGAUGGUGGUAUUAUGAAUAGGGAGAACUCGGAAGGGUUUGCACCGGGUGGAACCGGGCAUGCCAACCGAGAAAAGCCCUUAGGACCAAAGGUGCACGAAACUCUUGAAGCUCAAAUCGUGAGUGGUGGUCAUGUUAAGACCAAGGAAGAAUCACCUUGUUAUGGCAAAACUGAACCACUCAAGGCUUCGGGUGACGAAGGAGAUGAUUUGAGUGAUGAGGACCUUGAUGGUGCACCCAUUGAACAAAUGGGCAUGGUCAUAGAUUGGCUUCAACGUGAACGUGUGAGGCUUAUACAAAAACGCCAAGCUAGGCAAGCUGAGGGCAUACCAUUAGUAAGGAAAAGGAAGCGGGGAGACAACGAUUCCCAAAGACAUUCAAGAAGGAAAAACGUUGAGGGUGACAAAACCUUCAGGGCGCAGACACUAUCACUUGAGUGGAGUCGAGGCUUGGGUGGCCCGAACUCGAGGUCAAAAGGUCCGAGGGUACCUAAGUGCAACAAUUGCAAGAAACACCACUCGGGUAAGUGUCAGGACCCUCCCAGGUGCUAUCAAUGCACAGAGGUCGGGCACACGAGAGUGAGUUGCCCACAAAUGGUGCAAAACCAAACUUCGGGGUCAAGUGGUGGAACUACAAGAAAUGAAAACCAAACCGAGGUUUCUCAAGGGAGCAGGGGACAUGGGGGAGCAAGCACGAGCAACGCGCCAUCCGUGAACCAAGGAAGGACCCAAGCUAGGGUCUAUGCGAUGACGGAGGCGGAUGCUCAAGCUAACCUGGAUUCCGUUGAAGGUUUGGUGAAAUUCCGGCGCCGAUUUUGUCAUGGGAUUUUGGGGAUGUUCCGUUACGAAUUUGGACAUGAUUCCUUCACCAAAGUUGUAGAUAAUGAAGUCUUCUAUCCACCAAAACUUCAAUGACGUGAUUUUAUUCAGCCAAUCAAAAGAUAUGGGUACAACACUGAGAGUGGAUCGCGUUUUACCCUAGCGAGAGCUGAGGGGUUGGAAUUUCGCCGGCGAAGUCUUCGUAAUCUUCGUGCGGCGCUGGGUAUCGACGCGGCUAUGGCGUCAUUUUUGUGUGGCUUGGUCAAUUGUGGUAGCAAGGCGAUGGAGGACGGUUUAGACGGCAGUCGCAAGGAUGGCCGUGACCGAGAGGAAGAGCAGGUGGGUGAUCUACGAAUAGAUGAUGUGGGACUUCUGAAUCCGACCCCAGUGCCACAAUGAGAGAGGCAAUCAAUCGAGCGACGAAGGUCCGGCCUCCUCCUGAAUCACCGCCAGGGAUUGCACGAGGUGUUAGGGUUCAAGACUUUUACUUUGCUUAUUUAGUUUUUCUUAUGUUUUGUCCUCCUUCGAUGAGACUUUAUUAUUUUGUCAUUUGGUUUCUCGCUACUGUCUAUGUUGUUAGAUGUGUCAGUCUGUUUGGGAUUUUAGCUUUUGUCCAGGUCAUUGGGUAUGUUUGGAUCUUUGGAGACAGGGAUGGUUGUGCCAAGCCCGUUACAUGGUUAGCGAUUCGUGUUGCUCUUUCAGGGGUGACCGUCUCUGAGUCUCACCAUAGGGUUUACGGUCAUAGUCGUUGGUGUCAGAUUUGUUUUUCAUUUCAUUGAUGUAAUGAUCCUGAAACUUAUGAUAUGAAUAAAGGCUAGUUUCGUUAAAAA